GCGGCCUCUCCGGGGGGAGUGCGGGACAGCCCGCCUCGCAGAGGGAUCCGGCGGCGGCGGAGCCGAGCGAGCGCAUUCCCUCAGCUGCCCCCGGCCACCCCCAUGGCCUCGCCGCCCCCGCUGCUGCUGCUGCUGCUGCUGCCGCUGCUGGCCGCCUCAGCGACUCUCGCUCCCGGCGCCAUCCCGGCGCUCGCAGCCAACGGUAGCGCGCCAGCCCCGACCGUCCUGACGGUGGCCAUGGUGCUACCCAAGGACAACCCCAACUACCCGUGGGCGCUGCCGCGCGUGGGCCCCGCCGUGGACCUGGCCCUGGAAGCGCUGGAGCCGGCGCUGCGGGCCGCAGGGCUGGCGGUGGAGAAGGUGAUCGCCACGUCCGAGCUGAACGGCGCCUGCUCCGAGUCGGUGGCGCCGCUCAAGGCCGUGGACCUGAAGCUUUACCACAACCCGGACGUGCUGCUGGGGCCGGGCUGCGUGUACCCGGCGGCCGCCGUGGGCCGCUUCGCCUCGCACUGGAGCCUGCCGCUGCUCACCGCCGGCGCCGUGGCCGCCGACUUCAGCCGCAAGCAGGAGCACUACAGCACCAUGGUGCGCGUCGGCCCGUCCGCCCCCAAGCUGGGCGCCUUCGUGGCCCACCUGCACGGCCACUUCAACUGGAGCUCGCGCGCCGCGCUACUGUAUGUGGACCGCAAGACCGACGACCGCCCCUUCUACUUCACCAUCGAGGGCGUCUACGAGGAGCUGCGCCGCGCCAGCCUGAUCGUCGGCUACCACAUCUACGCGCCCCGUGACAACGGCAGCGCCGCCGGCGACGAAGGGGGGGGCCCGGACGCGGCCGUCCAGUUCAUCCGAGCUAACGGGCGAGUCAUCUACAUCUGUGGCCCCCUGGAGAUGCUGCACCAAGUCAUGCGUCGAGCCCAGUUGGAGGGCAUGACCCACGGUGACUAUGUCUUCUUCUAUGUGGAUGUUUUUGGAGAGAGCCUGCAAGGGGAUGGGCACCAGGGGGCCGCCAAGCCCUGGCAGAGCAAGGAGGGCCAGGAUUCGGGCACCUUGCGGGAGGCCUUCCAGACGGUGCUGGUGAUCACCUACCAUGAGCCCCAAACUUUGGCAUACCGAAACUUCCAGAACCAGGUGAUCCUGCGGGCUCGGCAGGAGUAUCAGGUGGAGCUCAGUGGUUCACUGAAAAACCUGGUGGCCGGCUGCUUCCAUGAUGGGCUGCUCCUCUACGCUUUGGCCCUGAACGAGACCCUCCACGAGGGCGACCCCAAGAUCAACAACAGCCGCAUCCUGGAAAAGAUGAAGGGGCGCAGGUUCCAGGGGAUCACUGGGACCGUGAGCAUGGAUCAAAACAAUGACCGCGACACAGACUUCAACCUGUGGGCCAUGAUGGAGGGAGAGAGUGGAGAGUACCAGGUGGUUGGACACUACGUGGGAUCGGAGAAGCAGCUGAAGUGGCUGGGGCCUAUCCACUGGGUCAAGGGGCAGCCACCUCUCGAUAACCCCCCCUGUUUUGACAUGGAUGACCCCUCCUGUGACAAAAGUGCGCUCAGCACCCUGGCGAUCCUGGCGCUAGGGGCCGGACUCACCUUCAUCAUGUUUGGGGUUUCCAGCUUCCUGAUCUUCAGGAAGCUGAUGCUGGAGAAGGAGCUGGCCAGCAUGCUGUGGCGGAUACGCUGGGAGGAUCUGCAGUUUGGGGGCUCGGAACGCUAUCACAAGGGGGCAGGCAGCCGACUCACCCUCUCGCUGCGUGGCUCCAGUUACGGCUCCCUCAUGACGGCCCAUGGCAAGUACCAGAUCUUUGCCAACACAGGACUCUUCAAGGGAAACGUGGUGGCCAUUAAGCACAUCAAUAAGAAGCGGAUUGAGCUGACGAGGCAGGUGCUCUUCGAGCUUAAGCACAUGCGGGAUAUCCAGUUCAACCACCUGACCCGGUUCAUUGGGGCCUGCAUUGACCCCCCCAACAUCUGCAUCGUGACGGAGUACUGUCCUCGUGGCAGUCUGCAGGACAUUCUGGAGAAUGAGAGCAUCAACCUGGACUGGAUGUUCCGCUAUGCCCUCAUCAAUGACAUUGUCAAGGGCAUGGCCUUCCUGCACAACAGCAUCAUUGGCUACCACGGCAGCCUCAAGUCCUCCAAUUGUGUGGUGGAUAGCCGCUUCGUGCUCAAGAUCACGGAUUACGGUCUGGCCAGCUUCCGCCAGGGCCAUGAGAGUGAGGGCAACCAUGCGCUCUACGCCAAGAAGCUGUGGACGGCCCCAGAGCUGCUGCAGAAGGGGACGCUGCUCCCGCCCCCCCCAGUCAUGCAGAAGGCGGACGUGUACAGCUUUGGGAUCAUCCUGCAAGAGAUUGCACUGCGCAGCGGCGCCUUCUAUGUGGAGGGCAUAGAGAUCAGUCCCAAGGAAAUUGUGCAGAAGGUGUGCAACAGCCAGCCGCCCUACUUCCGGCCCACCAUCGACACCCGCCUGCACAGUGAGGAGCUGGCUGUCCUGAUGGAGCGCUGCUGGGCUCAGCAGCCGGCCGAGCGCCCAGAUUUCGCCCAGAUUAAAGCCUUCAUCCGGCGGUUCAACAGGGAAGGAAGUACCAGCAUCCUGGACAACCUGUUGUCACGCAUGGAGCAGUACGCCAACAACCUAGAGAAGCUGGUGGAAGAGCGCACGCAGGCCUACCUGGAGGAGAAGCGCAAGGCAGAGAAUCUGCUCUACCAGAUCCUCCCCCAUUCAGUGGCUGAGCAGCUGAAGCGGGGUGAGACGGUGCAGGCCGAAGCCUUUGAUUGUGUCACCAUCUACUUCAGCGACAUUGUAGGGUUCACCUCCUUGUCAGCAGAGAGCACCCCCAUGCAGGUAGUGACACUCCUCAAUGACCUCUACACUUGCUUCGAUGCCAUCAUUGACAAUUUUGAUGUCUACAAGGUGGAGACUAUUGGUGAUGCCUACAUGGUGGUGUCCGGCCUGCCUGUGCGAAACGGCAAACUCCAUGCCCAUGAGAUUGUCCGAAUGGCCCUGGCGCUCCUGGAGGCUGUGAAGACCUUCCGCAUCCGGCACCGUCCCAGUGAGCAGCUGUGCCUGCGCAUCGGGGUCCACUCUGGGCCAGUGUGUGCAGGAGUGGUGGGUCUCAAGAUGCCGCGCUACUGCCUCUUUGGGGACACAGUCAACACAGCUUCACGCAUGGAGUCCAAUGGCGAGGCCUUGAAGAUCCACAUCUCUGCCGCCACCAAGGAGAUCCUGGAUGAGUUUGGGUGCUUUCUGCUGGAGCUCCGGGGGGACGUGGAGAUGAAGGGCAAAGGGAAGAUGAGGACCUACUGGCUGCUGGGCGAAGAGAAGACGGACGUCAUCUGAGGGGGGCCUUCCCUCUGUGGGGACCCAGCAGGAGCAGCUGUGUGGUGGAUUUGCUGUGCCUUGGAGCAGCGAGGGAGGGCACGAAGCGGCCAGCCUGCAGGCCAGGAGGGCUUCGCACCUAGGGAGGCAGCAGCUACGCCUUGGGCAGACGGGGGAGGGUCUCGCUGCCCUGGACACCAAGGGGUCUUCCCCGCCCAGCCUGUGACAGCCGGGCAGCAGGAGCCCACCUGCUGAUCCAACCGCAGAUGCCCUUUGCCCACUGGGGCUCCUGGCCUCAUUGCCCCGCCCCCUUGGCUCAGCUGGCUGAGCCAGUCUUCCAGCCCUGCUGCUCGUUUUCCCCCCUUGGUUGCAAAUUCAGGAACCAGUAAGCAGUUUGGUCUGAAUAGAAAGAAGGAAGAGAGAACAGCCCCCUCCUCCUUUUAGCAGGAGAAAGGAUGGCAAACAGUCUGUUCAGCCCGGCUGCUUUUGUCGUGGGAGAACCCCAAGGAAGUUUCCUGGAAACUGCUCUGGUGGUUGGGCCUUCAGUUCUUGUGGAAAUUUAACAGGGAAAUCAACACUUUGAGGAAGGGUCCCUCCAUGCCCCUCCGCCUGCAUAAGCUUGGUGCUUUCCCACUGGCCCAGAUGGUGGCAAGGAAGCUUUCAAAGCUUGGGGCAGUUUUCUGGACCGUACAGCAACGGCUGGUCAAGGCAUUCUGAGACAGGGGUUGUGAACGUUGCGCACUUCCUGAAAGGGGUGUCGCCAGUCCGGAUGCUGGAGGUACCCUGUAGAGAGGGGUAAAGAGGCUGAGCAGCAGCCAGGUGGGCGGAGCUGCCCUCCUGGCAUGCAUCACCCGGCCUUGUGGCUGGGUUCAAGCCACCUGGCCAGAACAUACCCUCCAUGCUAGAACAACAGCUGCCCGGGCUGUCUGCCCGCCUGCCAUGUCCUUCACAGCCUCUCAAGGACAAGCCUCAUGAGAGAGGGCAGAAAGGCAUGGCAACACCAGGUUGGACAGGGUAGCACUCACCGGCACCUGCUGGGCAUGUUCAAGCCAGAAUGUCUGCGGUUGUUCCAGCCGGUAAUCGUGGGGCUGCAAGAGGAGAUGAAGUCAUGAGGAACUACCGGGGUGUGUCCAGGAGGGAGCCUGGCUGCUAUUCUGGCCAGCAGGGCCCCUUACCUGAAUGGGCGGCUGAGGCACAGAAUGGAAGAACUCCUGCUUGUAGUCCCGGUGGGUGAUGGAGAGGGACUCCAUGGGCUCAGACAGAGGAUAGGCGUCGCCCGCCAGGAGGCUCAUGCUGCAAACCAACAGCGACAAGAGCAGCUGAGCCAGGAGCUGCACUGGCAGAAGAGUGGGGGGUGGCUGGUUAUAGAUGCUUCUCUUGCCCCCUCCCCCCCCAGGGGCAGAAACCACCUCAGGGACCAGAGUGCUUCCCUUGGCAAGCCAUGUGUGGGACCUCCAGCACCGUCAAUGGCACUGAACCCAGGAAUUUUAUUUUAUUUUUUGUCACCAGCAGUUGGCGGAAGGAAGGCUGGUGGGGUCAGUGCAGCCACCAGCCCCGUAGAAACCUCAUCCUGGAAAGAUUUUAUACGUUCAUUUUCUAGACACAGAACAAAUGGGCAAGGAUCAUUUUUCAAGCUGUUCAAGCGUUUUAUGAAUAAAAGAGAGCCCC